AUGCCACCAAAUGAGACACUCUUCUUGGAGUCCACGACCCGGAUCCAAAAGGACUCGAUCCAUUCUUUCAUGGACUUCCAGGUUUGGGAUUUCCCAGGUCAGCUCGAGUACUUCGAGUCUGCCUUCGACCUCGAGGAUAUAUUCGGCAGCCUGGGCGCUUUGGUUUGGGUGAUCGAUGCACAGGACGACUACCUGGACUCGGUGGCUCGGCUUAACCGCACCAUAUUGACCGUCCAGCAGUUCUAUCCGGGUAUCAACAUCGAAGUCUUCAUUCACAAGGUCGAUGGACUGUCGGAUGAGUACCGCACCGACACCUUUCAGGACAUUGUGCAGCGUAUCUCCGACGAGCUCAGUGAUGCUGGAUACGAGAAUGCACCUGUGCACUACUAUCUGACUUCCAUUUACGAUUAUUCUGUCUUUGAAGCCUUCAGCAAAGUCAUUCAAAAGCUCAUCCCCAACUUAUCCACACUGGAGAAUCUUAUCAACACCCUCGCCAACAACUGUGGGUUUGAAAAGACAUAUCUCUUUGAUGUUCUGAGUAAGAUUUACAUCGCCUCCGACACCCGACCUGUUGAUAUGGCUUGCUACGAGAUGUGCUCUGAUUAUAUCGAUGUGAUUGUCGAUAUUUCCGAGCUGUAUUCCUGGGAUCACCCAGUUCGCAAACGAUUAGGCGACCAGAUCCAAGAAGCAGAAAGCCACGUGGUGUUGCAUGAUCAGACGAUGAUCCAUUUGAUGGAGAUGAACAAGUACCUCUGUCUAGUGUCGGUGAUUCGCAACCCAGAAGCCAAGGACAAGCGAGGUCUGAUUGAUAUGAACUGCCGCACCUUCCAAGACGCCCUCAACGAAGUGUUCUCGCGCAGCUGGGAAGAAAGGUCUACGGCCCAAGUAGGAUCUGCAACUGCAAACAAGUGA